GCUAAAAUGGCGCUGUAUAUGAAACAAAACUUUAGAAAAAUAGAAGUUAUAGUUGUAGAACAUUGUUCCGAAGAAAAUCCGUUAUAUUUCUGCUAACAAUUACAUUCAAGCCGACCUUUCGUUGUCCUUCGGCCAUACUUCUGUUCCGCAAAGGAUGUUGAGUAAAUCGGCAGUCACAGCUGUUAAAAAGGUUGGCCUUGUCAACCAGCGGGCCUUUUCACUAUGUAGGGUACUGAAUUCAGAAGUGGUUGGCGCCUUUGGAGUUGAAGAUGCUAAAUCAAAAACUAUAGACUUGAGAGCUCUAGAACCUAGUGAACUUACACAAGAAAUCAAGGAUGAGUACUUUCCACAAAUAGGGAACAGAGAUAUUGUUGGGCCAAGUCACAGUGUGAACUAUGAUUACUUUGAUACCCCUGAUUUCCCUAUGCCAAGUGUACGCUUCGCUUCAAACACUCCAGAAGUGCUGGCACUAAGAAAGAAAGAAAAGGGUGACUGGAAACAACUGACCUUGGAAGAGAAAAAGCAAUUGUAUAGAAAUACAUUCUGCCAAACAUACGCAGAGAUGACGGCACCAACGGCUGAUUGGAAGAGGAUCACUGCCCUAUUUUUUUACACAAUUGCAGCUUCUAUACUCCUCUUCUUAUAUAAUGUAACAUAUUAUGGAAGACGUCCAGUUACAUACGACAGGGAGCAUCAUCAAGCUAUGUUGGCAAGCAUGUUGAUGAAGAAUGUUGGUCGCUACAGUGGUGUCUCGUCCAAGUACGACUUUGAGAAGAAUGAAUGGAAGAAAUAAACAUAUUUGUCUCUUGUAGUUUUUGUUGAUUAUCAAUUUAUAUAGAAAUUUUUACAGGGACAUAGUGAUUUUGUGAUAUAACUUUGUUUUGGUGUUUUGUUUUAAAAGCCUUAUACCAGAUUUUUUCUAUACUUAAAAGAAAGCAGUACCAACAAGCUCCCAUAAAAAAAGUUUAAAAAUUUUUAUGUGAAAAUUGUGACAGUUAUGUCGGGGAUAAAAAAAUGGAUUACCUCACAUUUAUGUAAUAUAUGCACUACUAAAUGAUUUUGAAGCAGCUAGCAUUUAAAAAGAAGUAAAAUGUGAUGUAAUAUGA